AUGGAUGACGAUAUGAUUUUCGAUCCCUCUUUAAAGAAGAAGAAGAAAAAGAAGACUGGUUUUGAUAUGGAAGCAGCGAUGGCCGGUGAGCUGAGUGAAACCACGAGUGCAGACGUACCUGCUGAAACGGGUGACGUCGACGUACCAGAAGACGAUAGCUUGGACUUAGAUAAUUUCGGAAAGAAGAAGAAGAAGAAAAAGAAGACAUUCUUUAAUCUAGAUGAAUUAGACAAUGCUUUACCGGAAGCAAAAGAUGAAAAACUACCUGCAGAGGAGCCUGAACAUCAAGACGAGGAGCUUAUUGAUGAUUUAGAUCUGGAUAUAGAUUACACUAGAACAAAGAAAAAGAAAAAGAAGAGAAACUUAGAUGAGAUUGUUGGCGAAGAAGAUGUCAAAGCUGGAGAAGACCCUGAGAGAGAAGAGGAUCAAAAUGGGGAAUGGCAUGGUAGCGAUCGUGAUUACACUUAUGAUGAACUUCUUGAGAGGGUCUUUGAUAUCAUGCGAGAAAAGAACCCCAGCAUGGUUUCUGGAAAAAAACAAAAGUUCAUAAUGCGUCCACCACAGGUAGUUAGAAUUGGAACAAAGAAAACUUCAUUUGCUAAUUUCACAGAAAUAUGUAAAACAUUGCAUAGACAGCCUAAGCAUUUGUUAGACUUUCUGCUGGCAGAGUUAGGAACAAGUGGCUCUGUGGAUGGUAACAGCCAGCUAAUUAUUAAAGGUCGUUUUCAACAAAAACAAAUUGAGAAUGUCCUGCGUCGAUAUAUUAAGGAAUAUGUUACUUGCCAUACAUGUCGCUCACCUGAUACAAUCCUUCAAAAAGAUACUCGACUUUUCUUCCUUCAAUGUGAAACUUGUGGAUCCCGUUGCUCUGUUGCUAGUAUUAAAUCUGGUUUUCAGGCUGUUACUGGUAAGAGAGCAGCAAUACGUGCAAAGACUGCAUAG